AUGGAGAAGAAACAUGGAAUCUUCUCUGUACACCUCAAUUUCUUCAUUGUAUUCACCAUGAUGCUCCAUGGCCUUGGCCAUGGCUUUCGAAUUGAUCAAGCUAGUUCAUUGAGAGCCUUGCGCCGUGCCAAAAUGCAAGGACAAGUCGAUCAGGCCGAGGCCGAAAAGUGGGGUGUAGUUGGUCUUAGUUUGGGCAGUGAAGGAUCCUUUGAGGUGGGAAAGAUGGAGGACGAUGUGAUCAAAGCCGGGCUUCUGGGCCAACCAUUGGGGGUGAAUUUUAAGCAGUAUGCCGGGUAUGUUAAUGUGGAUGAAUCUAAAGGGAGAAACCUUUUCUAUUAUUUUGCUGAGGCUGUUCAAGACCCUUCUUCUAAGCCACUUCUUCUCUGGCUAAAUGGAGGGCCUGGUUGUUCAUCACUUGGGAUUGGGGCCAUGGUAGAGCUUGGACCUUUUGGUGUUGAGCCUGAUGGUAGAACUCUCUAUUCGAGAGAGUUUGCAUGGAACAAAGUUGCAAAUACAUUGUUCCUUGAGUCCCCAGCAGGCGUCGGAUUCUCUUACUCCAACACUACCUCCGACUACAGCACUUCAGGGGAUACAAGGACUGCCCAAGACACAUACACAUUCUUGGUAAAUUGGUUCAAAAGAUACCCGCAAUACAAGGCCAGGGAUUUCUAUAUAGCUGGAGAAAGCUAUGCAG